AUGCUUGGGUUAAGUGCUGAUGUUGCAGUGCAUCGCGUCCCUAUAAAAAAAGAGUGCAAGCCUAUUCAACAAAAGCUUCGAAGGAUGAGACCCGAUGUUGCAGUAAAAAUAAGAGAAGAUGUCCGAAAACAAUUUGAUGCUGGGUUCUUGCAAGUUGUUAAUUACUCAAAAUGGGUAGCUAACGUUGUCCUCAUCCUUAAGAAAGAUGGAAAGAUGAGGAUGACUGUAGAUUACAGGGACUUAAACAAGGCUAGCCCAAAGAACAACUUCCCCCUGCCUCACAUCGACACUUUGGUGGACAACACGGAAAUUGAGGUCUACUUCGAUGAUAUGAUCGCAAAAUCCCAAACAGAAAAGGAGCACAUACAGGUUUUGAGGAAAUUGUUCUUGAGAUUGAAGAAGUUUCAGCUAAAGCUCAAUCCAACAAAAUGUACUUUUGGAGCUAGGUCAGGGAAGCUACUUGGUUUCAUAGUCAGCAAAAAGAGAAUUGAGGUCGACCCUAACAAAGUCAAGGCUAUACAAAAAUUGCCUCCGCCGCGCACUCAAAAAGAAGUUCGAGUUUUCUUAGGAAGACUAAAUUAUAUUGCCCGAUUCAUUUCAUAG